AAACAAGCAGGAUUAACAUCAAUACAAAUCUUAGUUGUCGUCAUCGUUCUCGGAGUUAUUGCGGCUGUUGUUUUGGCACCUCGGUUGCUCGGACAGGCGGGGCGCGCUUUACAGGCACAAGCCGCUGAGGAUAUUGAAACGCUUGGUAUUGCUCUUGAUAGAUACGCCAAAGAUAACGGUGAUUAUCCCUCGACUGAACAGGGUUUGAAGGCGCUUUGGGAAAUGCCUGAAGCACCACCAAGACCUCUAAACUGGGUAGAACCCUAUAUUCAAAUUCCGAUCACGGAAGAUCCAUGGGGAAAUCCCUAUGUCUAUGUUCGCCCCGGCAACCAUGACCGGUACGGGUACGAUCUCAUCUCUUUCGGAAGCGAUGGCGUUGAAGGUGGGACAGGUGAGGCAGAUGAUGUCGUCAGUUGGGUCCGGCGUGAUGAAUAA